AAAAAAGGACUGGAUAGUGAGCUUCAAAACGAAGCAAUGAUAUUCUCUCUUCUCCUCCAUGUUGGCUGUGACCCCUAAACCUGGAUUGACCUCAGCUGACCCUUGCUGGGCCCCACGGAAUUUACCUUUGUUCUACCACGAGAAUGCCGUUCCCAGGGCAACCGUGUUCCAUAUGAGACUGUGAGUACAUGGAAAGGACCUCAGAAAAUGUUUCUUGCCUUGCUGCUCUGCCUCCUGCCAGUGACCAAGGGGAGUAGCUGCUUCAGGUGCUGGCCAGAGCUGCCCGCCUUGCUGGAGUAUGACCUGCAAGUGCUCUGGGGUAGCCCCGGGCCACCCGCAGAACUCUCACAGAGGCUCCGCUCUUUAUUCCUGGAUGAUAACACCUUACCCGUGCCCGGGUAUCUUGCUCGAGACCACUUGGAAGAGGAAACAGCUGCAUUCUUCACCCAUCUAGACCACUCCAUUAAAAAGCUGAGGGACGAUAAGCCAGCACUGCUGGACGACAUUCACAUUCAGAUGGGUCUCCUGGCUGAGAGGCUGAUGGAGAGGUCGCAGGAACUGACGCAGAAGGCCUGCAAUGAGUCCUGUGACCUCCUCUCACCAAUGGAAGUCACCGCAUGUGCCAACUGCCAAACAUACAGCCUGUCCUGCAAUGACCCGACCGUCUGCACAGACAAGUCUGUUGGGACCUACAAGUGGGCCGUGAUUCUUGUCAGCAUCCUGCUGGCCCUGGCUGUAGCUGCCAUUUGUGCUUACUUUUUCUGGCUCCAAACGAGGAAGAAGGAGAGGAAGAAGAAGAGGAAGAAGAAGGAGAAGCUUGAUGAGGGAAGAAGCAGCCAGCUACCUCUUUCCAGAAGAGUGCAGCAACCAGAGCAGCAGCCAGAGUAUAAACCAGAGCAGCAGCCAGAGCAUAAACCAGAGCAGCAGCCAGAGCAUAAACCACAGCAGCAGCCAGAGCAUAAACCAGAGCAGCAGCCAGAAUAGGUGGUUUCUGAAAACUGCUUCCUCUGUGACUCUGGUGACUGUCCCUCACACAAAACAUCCUUCCCUGAGGCCAGGAGAGCUCUGAGGUUCUGCAGUUCUGCAGACAAGUCUCUCUCUCUCUCUCUCUCUCUCUCUCUCUCUCUCUCUCUUUCCUCUCUCCCUCCCUCCCUCUUUCCCUUUCUUUCUCCCUCCCUCCUCCUUCCUUCCCUCCCUCCUCCCUUCCAACACAUACUUCCCUGUAAAUAGUUCUUUUAUUAAAAACAUUUCUUCUUCUUUUUUUCUGGAGACUUGCAAUAGUCAAUCUUCAUCAUCUUGACUAGACUUAAAAUCACUUAGGAACACUCUGCCAACAGGCACAGCUCUAGGCCUAGAAGUCACUUUCUUUGUGUGGGUGAAGGCAGGGUGGUGAUUUUUUUUUUUCAAUCAUGUUGUGCUGGCUAGUUUUUAUGUCAACUUACAACAAGCCGGAACCCUUUAGAAGAAGAAAUCUCAGUUGAGAAAAUAUGACCAGAUUUCCCAGUGGGGCAAGCCUGUGGUACCUUUUCUUGACUG